AUGGGUUUGUCAUUUCAGCAUUUGGUGAUGUUCAGAGAUGUGGCUGUAGACUUUUCUCAGGAAGAGUGGGAAUGCCUGAACUCAUAUCAGAGGAAUUUGUACAGAGAUGUGAUAUUAGAGAACUAUAGCAACUUGGUGUCAGUGGCAGGGUGUACCAUUUCUAAGCCAGAUGUGAUUACCCUAUUAGAGCAAGGGAAAGAACCCUGGAUGGUUGUGAGGGAUGAGAGAAGAAGAAGGAGCCUAGAUUUAGAAUCCAGAUAUGACACUAAAAAGUUAUUUCAAGAAAAGGAUAUUUGUGAAAUGAAUUUAUCUCAGUGGGAGAUAAUGGGAAGAAUUAGAAGUUGUGGCCUUGAAAACUCCUUUAUCAGAAAAGACUAUAAAUAUGAGAAGUUUGAGGGACAAGAACACCUUCAAGAGGGAUAUUUCCGGCAAGUGAAAAAAACCACCUCUGAAAAAAUGCCCACUUACAGAAAACUCACUUCUCUUACUCUGUAUCAGAGUAUCCAUAAUAGAGAGAAACCCUAUGAAUGUGGGGAUUGCGGGAAGGCCUUUAGAGUACGCCAACAACUUACUUUCCAUCAGAGAAUUCACACUGGCGAAAAACCCUAUGAAUGUAAAGAAUGUGGAAAAGCCUUUAGACAGUGUGCCCACCUUAGUCGACAUCAGAGAAUUCAUACUUCUGACAAACUCCUUGAAUGUAAAAAAUGUGGAAAGAUCUUUACAUGUGGUGCAGAUCUUCGAGUACAUCAGAGAACUCAUAUUGGUGAGAAGCCCUAUGAAUGUAAGGAAUGUGGGAAGGCCUUUAGAGUAAGAGGACAACUUAAUCUUCAUCAAAGGAUUCAUACUGGUGAGAAACCCUAUGAAUGUAAGGAAUGUGGGAAGACCUUUAGACAGUAUGCACACCUUACACGACAUCAGAGACUUAAUAUUGCUGAGAAGUGUUAUGAAUGUAAGGACUGUGGACAGGCUUUUUUGUGUAGUACAGGCCUUAGAGUACAUCACAAACUUCAUACUGGUGAAAAACCCUAUGAAUGUAAGGAAUGUGGAAAGGCCUUCAGGGUGCGGCAACAACUCACUCUCCAUCAGAGAAUUCAUACUGGUGAGAAACCCUAUGAUUGUAAAGAAUGUGGAAAGACCUUUAGUCGUGGCUAUCAUCUCACUCUCCAUCAGAGAAUUCAUACUGGUGAGAAACCUUACGAAUGUAAGGAAUGUCGGAAGUUCUUCCGUCGUUACUCAGAACUUAUUUCACAUCAGGGUAUUCAUAUUGGAGAGAAACCCUAUGAUUGUAAGGAAUGUGGGAAGACCUUUAGACUGUUCUCACAACUUACCCAACAUCAGAGUAUUCAUUUUGGUGAGAAACCUUAUAAAUGUAAGGAAUGUGAGAAGACUUUUAGACUGCUAUCACAACUUACUCAACAUCAGAGUAUUCAUACUGGUGAGAAACCCUAUGACUGUAAGGAAUGUGGAAAGGCCUUUAGACUUCAUUCAUCACUUAUUCAACAUCAGAGAAUUCAUUCUGGUGAAAAACCAUACAAAUGUAAGGAAUGUAAAAAGGCAUUUAGACAACAUUCACAUCUUACUUACCAUCAGCGAAUUCAUAAUGUAACAAGACACUUGGAUAACAAACACAUGUCCGUGAAGUGUGUCAAACCUCUGAUGCUUCUUGAGCGGAAACCCGGGUGGUCACAGCUACUGCGUCUGAGCCACAGCUCUUGUCUGAGAAAUCUGGACCCUACCUCCUGGCCUUCUGCAGCUUUUUCAGCCCUGGACUACAUUUGUCUGAAGGCUUCACUACAAGACCCAAACUCUGCCCGGCGUUCUCUGAACUCUGCACAUCACCAGGAAAAGAACCCAGAAAACCAAUCAGUCCUGAUAGUUCUAGAAAACAUGCCCCAUUGGUUGGUGACUUUCAGGGAUGUGGCCAUCAACUUCUCUCAGGAGGAGUGGGAAUGCCUUAACUCCACUCAGAGGGAUUUGUACAGGGAUGUGAUGUUGGAGAACUACAGCAACCUGAUCUCACUAGCUGGAUGUGCGAUCCCUAAACCAGAUGUGUUUUCUUUAUUGGAGCAAGGGAAGGACCCCUGGAUGGUGACAAGAGCCAUGACAAGAAGAUGGAGCUCAGACUUGGAAUCCAGUUGUGAGACCAAAAAGUCAUCUCCAGAAAAGGGAGCUUAUGAAAUGGAAUCACUGCAAUGGGAAAAUAGGAGGAAACCUAUCAGCCAUAAUUUUGAUUACAGUGGUCUUAGAGAUAAUAUGGAGGGCAAAGGCAAAUUUGAGGAUCAACAGGGAAGUCAGGAAGGACUUUACAUGCACAUGAAAAUUACCUAUGGAGAAAAGGCCACCCAAAGCCAUUCUGUGUCACCUACUCUUCAUCCGCUAAAUCCUACCAGGGAAAAAUUGUACAAAUGUAAGGAAUAUGAACAAGCUUUCAGCUACCUGUCAUGCCUUACUCAACAUGAGAAAAGCCAUAAUAAAGAAAAACACUCUGAAGUUAAGAAACGUAGGAAGACCUUCAGCAAAAAGCCAACAUAUAUUCAACAUCAGAGGAUUCAGAAUGGUGAAAAGCCUUAUGAGUGUAUGGAAUGUGGGAAGGCCUUUGGUCGUAGUUCUGAUCUGAUUCAACAUCAGAAAAUUCAUACUAAUGAAAAACCUUAUCAGUGUAAGGCAUGUGGGAAAGCUUUUAUUCGUGGUUCACAGCUCACUGAACAUCAGAGAGUUCAUACAGGAGAGAAACCAUAUGAAUGUAAGAAAUGUGGAAAAGCCUUUAGUUAUUGUUCACAAUAUACUCUCCAUCAGAGAAUUCACAGUGGUGAAAAACCCUAUGAAUGCAAGGAAUGUGGGAAGUCCUUUAUUCUUGGCUCUCAACUUACUUACCAUCAGAGAAUUCAUAGUGGUGAGAAACCCUAUGAGUGUAAGGAAUGUGGAAAGGCCUUUAUUCUUGGUUCACACCUUACUUAUCAUCAAAGAGUUCAUACUGGUGAAAAGCCGUACAGAUGUAAAGAAUGUGGGAAGGCCUUUUUAUGUGCCUCCCAACUUAAUGAACAUCAGCGAAUCCAUACAGGUGAGAAACCCUAUGAAUGUAAAGAAUGUGGGAAGGCCUUUUUUCGUGGCUCACAACUUACUUACCAUUUGAGAGUUCAUACAGGUGAGAGACCCUAUAAAUGUAAAGAAUGUGGAAAAGCCUUUAUUUCUAAUUCUAAUCUUACUCAACAUCAGAGAAUUCAUACAGGUGAAAAACCCUACAAAUGUAAAGAAUGUGAGAAGGCCUUCAUUUGUGGCAAACAGCUUAGUGAACAUCAGAGAAUUCAUACAGGUGAGAAACCCUUUGAAUGUAAGGAGUGUGGAAAGGCUUUUAUUCGUGGUGCAUAUCUUACUCAACAUGAGAAAAUUCAUGGUGAGAAACAUUAUGAAUGUAAGGAAUGUGGGAAGACCUUUUUUCGUGCCACACAACUUACAUAUCACCAGAGAAUUCAUACAGGUGAGAAACCCUACAAAUGUAAGGAAUGUGACAAGGCUUUUAUUUAUGGCUCACAACUUAGUGAGCACCAGAGAAUUCAUAGAGGUGAAAAACCCUAUGAAUGUAAGCAGUGUGGGAAGGCCUUUAUUCGUGGUUCACAUCUUACUGAACAUCUAAGAACUCAUUCUGGUGAGAAACCCUAUGAAUGUAAGGAAUGUGGGAAGGCCUUUAGUCGUGGCUCAGAACUUACUCUACAUCAAAGGAUCCAUACUGGUGAGAAACCUUAUGCAUGUGUCCAAUGUGGUAAAGACUUUAGACGUCAUUCACAACUUACUCAACAUAUGAGGCUUCAUAAUUGAAAAAGCUUUGAAUAUGAUUUAAUAUAAGAAAGGCUUCAACUGUAUUCAACACCUCUGGAAUAUUAGAGAACCCAUAUUAUGUUCAUAAUGAAUGUAGGACAUCCUUUUACUUGUGCUCAUAAUGAACUCAUUUUUAGAAAGCCUAUAUUAAUGCAGAAAUAACUUCUGAAACACAGUAAACGUUUAUUUUCAUUUUCAUUUUUUUAUUUUUUAUUUUUAAAGUAGGCUUCAUGCCCAGCACUGAGUCCAACUUAGGGCUUGAACUCACGACCCUGAGAUCAAGACCUUAGCUGAGAUCAAGAGUCAGACACUUAACCAACUAAGCCACCCAGGCACCCCCUAUUAAACAAUUUUAACAAUCUCUAUAGCCUUGGAAUGUAAUCUGAAAUAUAUCCUUUAUUGAGUACCAUCUCUAUUUCACCAUUUCCUGUGAAAUUUGAAAAGUUACUUAACCUCUCUGUGCCUCAGCUUCUUUGUGUAAAAUAAUGUAAUGAUAUUACAUGGAUUGAAUUAUAGAUGAUUAAACACAUGUAACUCCCUUUGGACAGCAUCUGAUACUCAGUAUCUAUUAUUAUCACUGGUAUUAUCAUUAUUAUAUGCUAUUAGAGAAGUCAAAGUGUAGGAAUAUUUUUGAAUACAGUAAGACAUAAGCAUUCUAUUACCAUCUAUCCCUUUCUGUUUCUUGUUUGGGUUUGGUCUGGUUUUACCAUCUAUCCUUUUUUGAACAUUUUUUGAAUAAAUGUUUAUUAUUUGUUUUUGAGAGAGGGAGAGACAGAGUGCAAGC